AUGGUUGUUCAUGAGUUAUAUGUGUUAGUGGUGUUGCUAGGGAUAGCACGUGCAGAGGAAGAUUUGUGUGGGUUUAGAGUGAUAGGAGGUGAACCAGCAAGAAGUAGGGUGCUCAGUGAACAGGCUGUAAGGUGUAUGUGGCCAUGGAUGGUAUCAGUAAGAAAGACUGAGGGGAAAUAUCUAUGCCCUGGUGUUCUUAUUGGUAGAGAUAAAGUCAUCACUACUGCCAGAUGCAUUAAAGCAUUAGAGUCUCUUGAAGGACCAACUGAAGUAGUAGUAGGAGAACAUAAUAUUCUGGUAGAAAAUGAUCGUAAUGAAGAGAUAAUACCUGUUGAUAAUAUGCUAGUUCAUCCUGAAUACGAUUCAUAUUGUGUUGGAAAUGAUAUUGGAGUGGUCAAAUUGAGCAGAGACGUUGAAUAUAAUUUAUGUAUUGUACCGGCCUGUCUGUCAUCAAUUCGACCUGACCCGUCCUGUGAUAAUUUUCUCAAUGAAUGUGUAAUUGCGGGUUGGGGCAAAUACAUGGCAACCACGCCAGAUAGGUCGCCGAUUCUAAGAUGGGCGUACACCAAUAUGUUGGGACCCAAUGUGUGCCGCGCCAUCUACCAAUAUUGGGAUAACUCGACUCUGCCUGAGAAUGUGUUUUGUUUGGAUAAAAUUACGAGUAAACGAGCAGCUUGUUUGGGUGACGAAGGUGGUAUGGUCGUUUGUAAUAUUGAAGGACACUGGAAAUUAAAGGGAUUGAUAAGCCUGGCCACCUGUGACGACAAUUUACCGUCGCUAGCCGUGGAUAUUUCAAACUCGAAAAUUCACAACUUUAUCACUAGUCAAUAA